AUGGCGCCCACCGCUGACGUCCUCCCCGCCGCCGAGGCCUCCACCCGUCCGGGCCUCCUCGUCCAGCCUUCCGACACCAAGCUGCGCAAGGCCUCCUCCUUCCGCACCGAGCAGGUCGUCAUCGACGGCAACAACCUCAAGAUCCAGGGCCUCGUCGCCUCCGCGCGCUACGGCCACAUCCCCAUCCUCGACAGCUCGCCCGCCGUCCGCAAGCGCAUCGACGACUCGGUCAACUCGCUCAUCGCAAAGCUCGACCGCGGCGAGUCGAUCUACGGCAUCAACACCGGCUUUGGCGGUUCCGCCGACUCGAGGACCGCCAACACGCGUGCGCUCCAGCUCGCGCUCCUCCAGAUGCAGCAGUGCGGCGUCCUCCCCGUCCCCUCCACCUUCCCCACGGGCGAGCCCAGCUCGGCCCCCUUCGCCCUGCCCCUCACCGACACCGAGACGUCGCUCGUUAUGCCCGAGGCGUGGGUGCGCGGCGCCAUCGUCGUGCGCCUCAGCUCGCUCAUGCGCGGCCACUCGGGCGUGCGCUGGGAGGUGCUCGACAAAAUGCAGAAGCUCUUCCUCCAGAACAACGUCACCCCCGUCGUCCCCGUUCGCUCGAGCAUCUCGGCGAGUGGCGACCUGAGCCCGCUCAGCUACGUCGCGGGCGCCCUCGCAGGCCAGCGCGGCAUCUACUGCUGGGUGACCGACAAGUCGGGCCAGCGCGUCAAGGUGACUGCCGACGAGGCCUGCCGCAUGCACGGCAUCGAGCCCGUCCUGUACGAGCCCAAGGAGGCGCUGGGUCUGCUCAACGGCACCGCCUUCUCCGCAUCCGUCGCCGGCCUCGCCACGUACGAGGCCGAGAAGCUCGCUCAACUGACGCAGCUCACCACGGCCAUGGCGGUCGAGGCGCUCAAGGGCACCGAUGCCAGCUUUGCUCCCUUCAUCCACGAGGUCGCCCGCCCGCACCCGGGCCAGAUCAAGAGCGCGCGCUACAUCCGCGCGCUCCUCUCGGGCUCCAAGCUCGCCGAGCACCUCGAAAACGAAAAGCACGUGCUCUUCUCCGAGGACAACGGCACGCUGCGUCAGGACCGCUACACGCUCCGCACCGCCUCGCAGUGGGUCGGCCCCGGUCUCGAGGACAUUGAAAACGCCAAGCGCAGCGUCGACAUUGAGAUCAACUCGACCACCGACAACCCCAUGAUCGACCCCUACGAUGGCGACGGCCGCAUCCACCAUGGCGGCAACUUCCAGGCCAUGGCCAUGACGAAUGCUGUGGAAAAAAUCAGGCUCGCACUGUGCGCGAUGGGCAAGAUGACGUUCCAGCAAAUGACGGAGCUGGUCAAUCCCGCCAUGAACCGCGGCUUGCCCGCCAACCUGGCGUCGACGCCCGAUCUGUCGCUCAACUUCCACGCCAAGGGCAUCGACAUUGCGCUGGCCAGUGUGACAUCGGAGCUGAUGUUCCUGGGCAACCCGGUAUCGACGCACGUGCAGAGCGCCGAGAUGGCCAACCAGGCCAUCAACUCGCUCGCGCUCAUCAGCGGCAGGCAGACGCUCCAGGCCGUCGAGUGUCUCUCGAUGAUCCAAGCGUGGUCGCUGUAUCUGCUGUGCCAGGCGUUGGAUAUCCGCGCGCUCCAGUACAAGGUGGCCGAACAGCUGCCCGCCGUGGUGCUGGCAUCGAUCAACAGCCACUUUGGCGAGUGGAUGGACGAGACCAAGCAGGCCGAGAUUGCGAUGCUCGUAUUCAAGAGCAUGUCGAAGCGUCUCGACGAGACCUCGUCCAAGGAUCUGCGCGAUAGGCUGGUCGAGACGUACCAAGAUGCCUCGUCGGUGCUGGUCAAGUACUUUAGCGAGCUGCCGAGCGGGGGUGGUGCGGAUCCGCUGAGGAAUAUCGUCAAGUGGCGUGCGGCGGGUGUGGCCGAGACCGAAAAGAUCUACCGCGACGUGACGGUCGAGUUUUUGGACAACCCGUUUGCGUGCCAUGCAAGCCAUCUGCUCGGCAAGACAAAGAGGGCGUACGAGUUCGUCAGGAAGACUCUGGGUGUGCCCAUGCACGGCAAGGAGAAUCUGGCAGAGUUCAAGGGCGAGUUUAGCCAGUGGAACACUACUGGUGGGUACGUCAGCGUGAUUUAUGCAAGCAUCCGCGACGGAGAGCUGUACGACAUGCUCGCCGAGCUCGAGAAGGAGAUCUACUAG